AGAAUCUCGCUCUGUCGCUCAGGCUGGAGUGAAGUGUUGCGAUCAGCGCACUGCAACCUCUGCCUCUCGGGUUCAAGUGAUUCUCCUGCCUCAGCCUCCUCAGUAGCUGGGAUUAUAGGCGCGUGCCGCCACGCCCGGCUAUUUUUUGUAUUUUUAGUAGAGACGGGGUUUCACUAUGUUGGUCAGGCUGGCCUCAAACCCCUGACCUCUUGAUCCACCCGCCUCGGCCUCCCAAAGUGCUGGGAUUACAGGCGUGAGCCACCGCGCAUGUCUUUUUUCUUUUUUUGGGAGUGACUCCCUCUCUGUCGCUGGAGUGCAAUGGCGCGAUCUCAGCUCACUGUAACCUCCGCCUCCCUGGGUUCAAGCGAUUGUCCUGCCUCAGCCUCCAGAGUAGCUGGGAUUAUAGGCGCGCACCACCACACCCGGCUAAUUUUUGUAUUUUUUAGUAGAGACAGGACCUGGCUAAUUUUUGUAUUUUUAGUAGAGACGAGGUUUCACUAUGUUGGCCAGGCUGGCCUCCAACUCCUAGCCUCAGGUGAUCUGUCCGCCUCGGCCUCCCAAAGUGCUGGAAUUACAGGCGUGAGCCACUGUGCCCAGCCUUGUUUUCUUAGGUAUUUAACUCAAGAGGCCAAGGAAGCAGAAACAUCCACCCAACCUCUUUCUAGCAUGAACAGCUCUUUAUUCUGUAUUGUCAAGUGGCUCUUGAAACACUUUUGAGACGUGGAGUAAAGACCAGGGGGCAGAGAAGACCAGGCUAACUCUUUCCCAACUCACUCUUAAGAAACAUCAGCGACAGAGGAGCCCCUGGAAGACAGCAACAAAGGCUCAGCUGAGGAUGCUCCCCAGCAUUUGAAGGCUACCUGGGCAGACCAGGAGAAUGGAAGCUCUGAGGACAACAACUUUUCUGAAACCCAUAAUGACAAAGACUCUGCAAGUGGCGGAGACACUCCAGCUUCUGGAGCAGAUAUGGAAGAGUCCAAGUGUGCAGACGACCGUCAGCGUAUACCAACAAGUCCUCUCCUAGCACCUGCAGGAAAAGUAGAGAAAAUCCCUGAAGAGGCAGAAGAAAUAAAACCUAGUGAGCUCAAGGAGGAUGAGGAUGCUGAAGAGCCUGACCUGAUCUGUUGUGGCCUUUGUAUUCAUGGUGGAAAUCCCUAAAGGCAAGUGAAGGAGCCCUGAGAACAUCCUCCAGGGAACAGACACCCUCUCCAUAGCAGCCCCUGAGCCCACUGGGCUGAGCCCUCCAUAGGCUGCUUUAGUGAGGGAGGGGCUGAGGUGCCGGUCAGGCUACCACAUGCAGGAUUCCGAGGGCCAUGCAGCGCGUUCUUGUCUGCAGUACCACUUAAGCUCAUUUGAGGGGAUCCAGCCCUGCCCUCCAUGUCUCCAGAAGACAACAGGGAGGGAGCUUCACCAGCUCAACAUGAGCAGCCACCAGGGUUGAUCAUGAAUCCCCCUGUUUCAUGCCUCCUGGGAAAGGUGUGAGAAGGAGGGAGGCACCCCGAGGCUUCUUGCCACACAAGCAGCACCCGCAGCCCAGCAUUGCACACCUGCGAGCACUCAGUAGGUCCUGGCAUCAAGAAAGGGAAAGGCCAGGAUCCAAGACCCGCUGGGAUGUGCCCAGUCCCACGGACCCCCCAGCCUCCAUGGAGCCCUUGGUGUCUGGGGUGGCCUCAUGGCCCCAUUUCUCAAGAUGAGGUUGGAGGCUUCUGUGUGUAGAGAGCACUGGCUUGGGCAUCAGUGGUUCUGUGUCUGUGUCAGACACCAACAAAGAAACCGUUGAUAUACAUAUUGUAGCAGGACAAGCCACAGACAAAACUCCUGACAGUGGAUUAAAGAAGGAAGAAGUUUAUUCGGCCGGGAGCGUUGGCAGACUCGAAUCUUAAAAGCCGAACUCCCCAAAAAAGACAUUCCUAGCACUUUUAAGGGCUUACAACUUGAAGGGGUCCAUGUGAAAGGGUGUGAUAGAUCGAGCAAGCGUGGGGAACGUGACUGGGGGCUACAUGCAUCAGCUAACAGAACAAAAAGUUUUACAGUGCUUUCUCAUACAAUGUCUGGAAUUUACAGAUAACACAAGUAGUUUUGGUCAGGGGUUAAUAUUAUUAUUAUUAUUUUAACCACCAGGGCCGGGUGGUGGCGCCAAGGUCGUCUAGGUAUUUAUCUUACUUCUGUUUCUUUCUAACUUUUUGCUUUCUCACUUUUCUCCUGUCUUAUAAACUAGGGAAAAGGGGAGGUGGGGAAGAAGCUGGGAGGGACAACAGGAGAAGUGGUGGUCUCAUUCCAUAGUAUAAGCACAUUUUUUUCAAUAAGUCAACCUUAGCUUACUAUAACUUUUUCACUUUAUAAACUUAGUAUUUUAACUUUUCAAAAAAAAAAAAAACAAAAGAAAACAUCAGCGUAUUACAUAUUUCCUCUUUAGACAUCUGGACUCCUCUACAAAGAGGUGUCUAUUUUUGAUUUUAUGGUGUCUAAGAACUUGGUCUCCCAGAGUGCCCUGUCCCCCAAAAGAUGUUGAAAGCUGGCAUUCUAUAAUCUACCCAGACUCUUCUGCUUUUAUGUUAAUUACAGCUGCCUGUAGAGAGAGUCCAGUCCCGUGAGCCCCAUCUUCCGCUUGAAGCUGUUUGACAGGUCCCCUGUGUGGCUCAGGGCCCAGCCUUUCAGAUCAGUUCAAUAAAGCCCAGGGGUCUACUCCAAGGACACUAACCCAUUACUUUCCAGUGCCUCGUAUAAUUACGUAGCCGACCCUAGAACGCCCUCCCCGCCUCCACGUCCCCUCUACAUGAAGUCGCUAAGCCAAAAACUUCUCAGGUUUUUCCACAGGCCGUCGUCACUCCCUCUUUGCCAGGGCAUUUGAGAUUCUGGGCUAAGACUAUUGGUUUCAGCAUCUGGGAUGUUUUCUCACAGCGGAGGACGCUGAAUAGAAAACUGCCAGAAAGCGGGAGGGGUCCCCGGCAGCAGGUCCCGUUUUUUCUCCCCACCUGCCUCCCGGGUGCAGCGGCUUAGGCCACGACAGUCUCGACCCUGCGCACGGAUUUUUUUCCUGCGUUCCAUGAACCAGACAUAAUGAUUCUAGUUUACAUAUUUAAGCGAAGGGGAGAAGAAACGCGACUCUCAGGACCCAAGGGGAGGCAGAGUUUUUCUGUCUCAAAGACCUCCAGUUAAGACAUUUUUCUCCUGCAAAGCCUUUCCUACAAUGAUGGCUUAAUCGUGUAAUUAUGUAAACCAGUUACAACCUGGAUAGCUAAAACUAAAAAAAUCAAUUCCCUACGCCCGAGCCAAGCCAGCUCCCCCUCGCCGCGCCGCAUCCCAAACACCCCACGCUCGCUCAGCAACCGCCAGGUUUCGGUUCAACCGAAAACCACGGGAAGUGGGAGGAGCUACUGGCUCAAGGGAGGGAGGCGGGACUUGAUCUCCGAGCAACGGCCCCGGUGACUGGCCACCCUUCUGCAGCCGCCACCAAUGGGCAGGCGCCCUGAAACGUUCGGCGAGCCGACUGCGGCUGCGCGGGGUAUUCGAAUCGGCGGCGGCUUCUCGUUUGCGGUUCAAGUUUCGCCGCUGCCGGCCAGCGUCCUCUGGUCAUGGACACCCCGGAAAAUGUCCUUCAUAUGAAUAUCAACCACUUUUACUUGCUGUGAGUCAAGCAAAACUGAACAUGGUGGGAUUUUUAUUAAAGAAAAAUACAAAUGUAAAUGCAGUUGAUUCAUUUAACAGAUCAGCCCUCAUACUUGCUGUUAAUCUUGGAGAAAAAGAUAUAGUCAUUCUUCUUCUGCAGCACAAUAUUGAUGUGUUUUCUCGAGAUGCAUAUGGAAAGACUGCAGAAGAUUAUGCAAUUGAGGCUAAGAAUAAAAUGCUUAAAGUAGAAAAUGCCAUGAUAAGAAAAACUAUAAAAAAGCAAGAUGACCAAACUGAGCGGCUUGAGAAAAUCCUGCAGUGUUCAAGUUUGCUGCAGCAGGUGUUGCAAGAAAAUGGAACUACAGAAGUAGAUGAAGCAUCCAGCCAAACUAGACUACAUGGAGCUCCACAGUGAUCGUCUUCACCUCCAGCUCUUUGCAUUUACUUCUUCCCUCUAUCCUACAUGUGUUUUCCUUCCCUUUCAGAUAUCAACCUAUGACUUGCCUCUACCAAAAAGCCUACAAUAUUGACACAAACCUGGGCUAGUAUCCCUUCUGUGUCUUCCAAUAAGUGCCGUCUUAUGCCUGUCAUUGUAUGUAUGACUCUGUAUGGGAAUUGCCUGUUUGUUUUUUCAGAUUAUAUAGCAUACAGUUGUUGAGGGGUGGACCAUAUCAUCUUUAUCUUGUAAUUCCAGUGCUUGUCCUAGUACCUUAGCACAUGGUUGCUGAAUACAUGAAUGAAGAGUGAGAAAACCAGAAGCUCUGAUACUUAACCGCCAUGAUAAUGAAUUCAGUGUGCAACUAUGGGCAAAUUAUAUUUAAUAGUAAUUGCAUAUUGUACAUAUUUUUCAUUCUUAUUAACACUGAUAAACUUUUCAACUUUUAUUUUCUCUUGUUAACUGUGAAAUCAUUUAGAUAAAGAAUAUAAUUCUUUUUCAUUCUAGCUUCUUCUGAAUUUAAAUCUGGAUCCUUGCAGGGGUCCCCAGCCCGCAAACCACGGACAGGUCCAUGACCUGUUAGGAACCAGGCUGCACAGCAGGAGGUGAGUGGCAGGCAAGCCAGUGAAGCUUCAUCUGUAUUUCCAGCCACUCCCCGUUGCUCACAUUAUCACCUGAGCUCUGCCUCCCGUCAGAUCAGCAAAGGCGUUAGAUUCUCGUAGGAGUGAAAAUCCUAUUGUGAACUGCAUGUUCAAAGGAUCUAGGUCACAUGCUCCUUAUGAGACUCUAAUGCCUGAUGAUAUGUCAUUGUCUCCUAUCUCUUCAAGAUGGGACCAUCUAGUUGGAGAAAAACAAGCUCAGGACUCCCAUUGAUUCUACAUUAUGAUGAGUUGUGUAAUUAUUUCAUUGUGUAUUACAAUGUAGUAAUAAUAGAAAUAAAGUGCACAAUAGAUGUAAUACGCUUGAAUCAUCAUCUUGAAACCAUCCCCCAAACCCCCAUUUGUGGAAAAAUUAUCUUCCACGUAACUGGUGCCUGGUGCCAAAAAGGCUGGGGACUGCUGCUCUAUAGCUUCUGCACUAGAAUCUACUAAUGAGUAAAAUCUAAUUUAAUAACUAGUUUUAAAAACAUAACAAGAAUAUGUGCUGGCUGGGUGCAGUGGCUCAUGCCUGUAUUUUCAGCACUUUGGGAGGCCGAGGCGGGCGGAUCAUUUGAGGUCAGGAGUUCAAGACUAGCCUGGCCAGUAUGGUGAAACCCCAUCUCUACUGAAAAUACAAAAAUUAGCCAGGCAUGGUAGCACAUGCCUGUAGUCUCAGCUAUUCAGGAGGCUGAGGUGGGAGAACUGCUUGAUCCCGGGAGGCAGAAGUUUCAGUGAGCCAAGAUCACGCCACUGCACUGCAGCCUGAGCAACAGAGUGACUCCAUCUCAAAAAUAAAACAAAACAAAAAGAAUAUGUGCUGACAAAAAAAAUUCUGAAAGAUAAUAAAAUUGUAUUACUAGACUGUUCACAUGAUAUUUUGUUUCCCAUUAAAUGUGUGACAUGCAAAGAUGUUUAUUAAAUGAAAAUAUUUUUGUAUCUUAUAUGUCUGAUGACAACUGAUAGUGUUUUAAAUGAUGUUUCUUGACCUCUUUAACUUUUAAGUGAAUCUUACAAAUGAAAACCAGAAUUUUUCAGUUUUACAUAUUCAAACUGCCCAAAUUUCAGCUGUUUAAACAAUUAAACAACAAAGUUGUCAUUAA